AUGCCAAAACUAUUGAACAUGCAAGCAGGGCAUGAAGUCACUAUUAACACACUAGUCAUGAACAUGUACAAACUUCAAUAUUAUUUCCAGCUGCUGGGCAAGAAUCUUCCCAAUCCUCCUUUGUUGGCAAACAAUUUCACAGACUCCACGGAAAUCACUGAGUUCUUCUUAGAUGCAAUUACCAAUCCCGAUCUUCAAACCGCGCCGUAUGGUAUCGGGGCCCUUGUGAAAUGGGGUCCAAGCAGUUUCGCCAACGCGGCGGCAGCAACUGCUCGGUUAAUGAAGAUCGGUGUAGAUGGGCUCACAUUCGAAUCCGUCAACGCAGGUCGGAUGAAUGGCUUCACCCGAGCCAUUCAAAACCGUGUCCAUCAAGCCACUCUUACUGGCUUCGAGAUUCUGAGCAGCAAUAAGAGCAUUGAAACACAGCAGCGGAAGAUCGACUUGGCGAACCAGGACAUUACCAAUCAACAGCAACUAAUAGACAAUGCUACUGAGGUCCUGACUUUACUCAAGCACAACCUGAAGACACUCGCGGCCGCAUACCACGACAAGCGGGGCUACGAUUUCGAGAUCACCAAGCGCAUUUCGAUCCGCCAACUGGAUCCCCCGGCCCUAUUUCGACUUCGUGAACUAGGUACGUGCGAAAUCAUCAUCCCUGAAGUGCUUUAUGAUAUGGAUUUUCCCGGCCAUUACCAGAUAAUGAUCAAAUCAGUCAGUUUGAGUAUCCCGUACGUUGUCGAUCCAUACACCAGUAUUUCGUGCGCCCUGCGACUCCUCGACAGCGUCUAUCGUACCAGUUCCCUCGCAACAGACAAGAACGCCUACCCGCAAGAUACGACCGCAACCACUCUUUAUUGA